CAAAAGGAACCAAUCGCGUGAAUGUAUCAUGCUCAGCGUGCUUGGCAAUUCUCUGAGCAGUCGGAGGCUCACUGGUAGCAUAUGUAGAUCUGUAGGCACAAUGGCAGAAGCCCUGGCUAAAGUUCCCGAUGUUGAGAUUGAUCCCGAGGGGACUUUUAAAUACAUACUGCUAAGAGUUAAAGCAAAAGAUGGCGACGCACAGAAAGACGUAGUACGAGGCACUAAAAGUGCGGAGUACCACAAUCACAUAUUUGAGAAGGUCAGUCCAGCUCUGGAGGCCUUAGGGAUGGAGUGUAAAUGCCUUGGAGGAGGGAAGAUUGAACACAACAACAAGGACAAGAAGAUCAGGGUGUUUGGAGAAUCCACAGCUUUUGGGAAAGCGGACCACUCUGUGUCUGUUGAGAAGCUGAAAACUGUCUUCGGUGACUAUGAGGUCACUUGGUCCGAUGACAAAAAAUAGGAGUCUUGUUGCCAUUUCCAAAUGCCUGCCUGUAUUUGUGACACCAAACCAGAGAAUAAUACUUUAACCUUCUCGUCUGUUAUCUAAUUUUAAUACAGCAUUAAACUCUUUGGUCUCAGUAAAAUCUUGUAUAAAAUGCUUUGUAGGUUUUUUAAGGCCAAUUUCAGUCAUUUUUUUAUUUUUUUUUUCCGAAAGGUUAGUCAAGAAUCUUAAUAUAGACUUUUUUCCCCAUUUUACCUUUCUGUUGGCAUCACUUCAUGAAAAGUGGAGUUUGCCUGCCAAGCGUAAAGUCCAUACAGGAAGGUGUGAGCAAGCUGGAAUCACGAACGCAUCCUGUUAAGCUGGGGGACGUAUAUUGUUUUGAAAGCCACAGACAGAUAAGAAUUAUUUUUUCCCUUUCCAUUUUGGCUUUGCAAUUUCAUUACAAAACCCUAUUUACAGAAAAUAAUGACUUUAGAGAAAAUUGCUUUAGUUUCUAUUUGCUGUUAUUACAGUUAUUACGGUUUUAGCAAGUCAAUUACUUUAUCAAUAUAAAUAUCCUAAAACACACAUCUUUUAUAAAGUUGUGUAUGUAAAAAUUAAGGCCUCAGGGGCUUGUUUGAGGACAUUAGUGAACAAACAAAUCAGGAAUACAUCUAUGUAAAAAUUUUAAUCAGGGUCAUGUUUUAAAAACAAUAAUUCAAUCAAGUUUAUUUGCAUAGCACAUUUUAGCAACAAGGAGGUUCAAGGUGCUUUAAUAAAAACAUCAAAUUACAAAGUUAUAAAGAAAAUACCGUUUUAUGAGGCACUGUUUAACGUAUCAUCUGAAAAUAUGUCUCACACUGAAGCUACCAACAGUGAGAAGUAGAAGCAGUUAGGAGGCCUUUGGUGACUCCGUGGGAGCUGCAGAGAUCUGCUGCUCAGGUGGAAGAAGGGAAAACUAUAACUCAACUACACCCCAAAUCUUUGUAGAAAAGUCACAUAAAUUGUUGAAACAUAGCCUUUCGUAAUGCAUUUUGAAGUUGGCCACAAGCCAUGAAAAGACACAACAAAUACAUGUAGCUUUCUGGCAAAAUAACUACAUCAUGAUGACACCAUCCCUACAGUGAAACAUGUUGGUGGCAACAUCAGGCUGUGGUGAUUUUUCUUUUUUCAGCAGUGACGAAAACUGCAUGGAGCUUAAUACUGGGCAAUCCUGUUGGAUGCUGCAGAAGUCUUGAGGCUUGAGAAGAGGUUCGCAUUCUCACCAAAUAACAUUUGAAUAUAUAGUAGGAACUCAUCUUCAAUUUAGCUCUGAUAAACUGAAGUUGCAUUUGGGAGUAAAAUGGCCCAGUUAGAGUUCAGAUCUAAAUCUAACUGGGAAUCUGUGUCAAAGGCAUUCUACACAACAGCUGUAGGAAUACUUAAUUAGGAAUUAUUUGGGAGUCAAGGAAAAGAAAAUGAGCAAAACUACUACAAAAAGUUUGAGCAGUCUAAUUCAAAUUUGUUCAUGUAAUACUGCAACAAUCCGUACCAGUCAGCCAAACCGACUGGUUGACUGGUCAAGGCAAAUGUACCUAGGAUGUUUUAUGUCUUGAAUAUGUUAUUUCUCUGUGAUAAAUGAAGAAGCACAUA